AUGUCCUCUUCACUCGUGGAAGAGGCUACGCGUAUUGCGCUUCAAUUUGACUACCCCGCUGAGCAGGUACAGCGCGGAGUCGCAGAGUACAUCCGUCAGUCAGAUGAGGGUCUGGCUAAGGAGGGUGCUACAUUAAGCCAGAUUCCAACCUUCGUGACCGCUGUACCAAAUGGCACGGAAAAGGGAUUGUAUCUGGCUGUUGACCUCGGUGGCACCAAUUUCCGUGUUUGCUCUGUACAGCUACAUGGUGAUACCACCUUCAAUCUCACCCAGUCCAAGAUCAUGAUUCCCCGUGAGCUCAUGGCCUCCGGUACCUCUAAGGAUCUAUUCCUCUUCCUCGCUCGCCAAAUCGAGGCUUUUCUGCGCAUUCAUCACAACGAGCAUUUUGAGGCUCACCUUCGCCGGAAACGCGAAGACCGCGGUGAGGAGUAUUUGUUUGACCUGGGGUUCACCUUCAGUUUCCCCGUCCGCCAGGAUGGAAUCAACUCUGGCACUCUGAUUCGAUGGACCAAGGGCUUCAACAUUCCCGACGCUGUUGGUCAUGACGUAUGCGCGCUGCUCCAAUCUGCCAUUGACGACCUUGACCUGCCAGUUCGCGUUGCGGCCCUGGUCAACGAUACCGUGGGUACUCUCAUGGCUCGUUCAUACACCUCCCCCGGAGAGACCGGCACUCUUCUGGGAGCCAUAUUUGGCACUGGAACCAACGGCGCUUACGUUGAGAAGCUUUCAAACGUCAGCAAACUUGAGAACAUGAAUGAUUCUCACUACGACACUUCUACAGGAGAGAUGAUCAUUAACGCAGAGUGGGGUAGCUUCGAUAACCAGCUGAGCGUUCUUCCCAGCACUAUUUAUGACAUCGAGUUGGAUGCCGACAGCAACAACCCUGGUAUUCAGAUGUUUGAAAAGCGUGUCUCGGGUAUGUUCUUGGGCGAGAUUCUUCGUCGCGCACUGCUGGACCUACACACCAAGCUAGGCCUAUUCAAGCUCAGCAAGACAUCCAAGGUCUCCAUCCCUACCGAUUCCCUUCUCUACCGCCAGUGGGGCCUGGAUACCAGCCUGCUGAGUCAGGUUGAGGCCGACACUACCAAACAGUUCGUUGAUGUCAAGGCUGCGCUAAAGGACCACCUGAAGGUUGAGAACCCCAGUGAUACCGAGUGUAAGGCCGUGAAGAUCCUGGUUCAUGCUAUUGGUAAGCGUGCUGCUCGUCUCAGUGCUGUACCACUCGCUGCCAUUCUUAUCCACACUGGCAAGCUCGACACCGACGAUGUCGUCGACGUUGGUGUCGACGGCAGUGUGGUUGAAUUCUACCCUGACUUUGAGACUCAUCUGCGUGGAGCUCUGCGCGAGGUCCCUCAGGUUGGCGAGGCCGGUGACAAGAAAGUUCGCAUUGGCAUUUCCAAGGAUGGUAGCGGUGUCGGUGCGGCUCUGAUUGCUCUUGUUGCGAGCAAAGACCAGACUUUGGUUACCCCCAACUCAAAAUAA